UCUAGGCUGGGUGUAUGCAGACAGCAGCAAUCCAGGACAUAUAUAAAGGCUGCAUCUUCACACCCUAUAGCUGUGCUGAAACUUCCAUCCAGUCAAAAUGGGAAAGAUCUUCUUCUAUGAGGACAAGAACUUCCAGGGCCGCAGUUAUGAGUGUAACUCAGACUGUUCUGACCUGUCCUCUUAUUUCAAUCGCUGCAACUCCAUAAGGGUGGAGAGUGGCAACUGGAUCCUGUAUGAGCAGCCCAGUUACAGGGGACACCAGUAUUACCUCUGGAAAGGAGAAUACCCAGACUUCCAGAGAUGGAUGGGUUUCAACGACUCCAUCAGGUCCUGCCGCAUGAGUCCUUAUCACCAAGGGCAAUAUAAAAUGAGAAUCUAUGAAAGAGGAGACUUCCAAGGGCAGAAUAUGGAGUUCUUUGAGGACUGCCCCAAUACAUAUGAUCGAUUCCGUUUCCGUGACAUUCACUCCUGCAAUGUGUUUGAUGGCAACUGGAUGUUCUAUGAGGAACCCAACUACAGGGGGCGUCAGUACUACCUGAGACCUGGAGAAUACAGGAGAUACAGUGACUGGGGAGCCUCCAGCGCCAGAAUUGGUUCUUUCAGAAGAGUUCAUCACAUGGUUUAAAUAAUCUGGAAAAUAUAACACUGCAACUAUGAAAAAAUUUAAUUUUGAAUAAAAAUGUAAGCUUGGUUAAA